AAUAAUAUUUUGUUCAAAUAGUUCAAAAUACUACAAGUAGUUUGUUCAGGCUUGUUCUAGUAAAAAAUUAUAGUUUAUGAUGGCGAGCGUCGGUGGUCUAAGUAAGUCGCAGAAGAAAAAGCUGAAGAAGAAACGUGCUGCAGAGCGAGGUGAUCAACCGACAAGUAGUACGGGAUGUGAAGUGGCCGAUGAUGCUCUUGCCGCUGCGGUCGCAGAUGACAAGUCAUCAGCGACAGACGCAGCCACUGUGGCCGCAGCAGCAGCAUCAGUAGCAAGCACUGAUGUAAGUUUCACCGUUGAGGAGGAGAUCCUAUGGUGCGUGCAUCAGCUGCAACUUGGAAUCAAACGUCUCAAGUCUAGCCAGCAUGCACAAGCUGCCGAUGCCAUCAAGCUAAUGAACACCUUGCAGUCAGCUAAGGCACCACUGCCUCGAAAGCGUCAACUGAUGCGUGGUCACUUCGGUGAUUAUAGAGCCAAGAUGCGAGCGGAAUUAAAGUCACAAGCUGCAGCGGCUAAGGAAGCCGCGGCCGACAUUCGCCCAGCCGACACCAAGGCACAGGCGGCGGCGGGUACGUUUGUGCGGCGCGCACGCCACACACAAAGCAGCGCUGUCUCGACUGGCGAGGAGCAAUCGGCAGAAGCAGCGGCACCGACUAAGAGCGAGGACGCACCGUUUCGCUUCAGUUUCGGCGGUGACGAGUGACAUCGCUGUGCAGACCCGACGAAUAGCCCGCUAGUGGCAAGUGAACCUGAUGCUAUCACGGCGUGGACCUGUGCCAAUCGAUGACAUGAUGCUGUGGGAAGCCGGUUCUGACAUUCGGCCGACACUGUCAUGUGCUCCGUCGGCAAAUAGCAAACGGAUUCUAACCUCUACUGAUGGCUGCAGUACUCGUGCAGCUUGCUGUAUUUGAAUCGCCAGACGUUGCCGCCAUGAGCCAACGACUCCGGGUCUGGCCACAGUCCUGUGCGUGAUUCUGGCAACCCGCACUUACACCAAGUUCCAGUGUGUAAGUGUGGCUGAACGCACAAGCAGCCAAGACUCGAGAGGGCGCCCAAUGACGUGCUGCUUGAUUCGGUGAUCUCAAGAAACCCUUGCUGAGUCAAUUUACUUAUGAGCCCCGUGGUUUCUCAGCUCCGAUACUGUUCAUAUUACCCUUCAACUUUAACAACUCCUGGAGUAGUCAUAAAAUUGUUAUUUUUUUAGACCUGAACCAAGUAUUUACCAUGCAAAGUUGUCCUUAUACAACGCAGGAAGAGCAUGGAAAACUGAUAAAGCUUUCCGAAGAAGAAAAGUGAAGUAGCAAUUGAUCAACAAUCGUAUUUCAUAGCUUUUGAUGUAAAACUGUAUUAGUCA